UCGAUGCAGUCGCUGUAUUGUGAAAAGCAGUUGCUCGAUUUUAAAGUUUAAAUGGAAUAACAAUUCAAAGAAUUAAGGAAUUAUCAAGUUACCCUAUUAUUAAAAAUUGAGUGGAUGGAAAUUUUUAAAUUAUUAACACUCAUAUGUGAUUAGCGCCAUAAGUUCCAAAUUCCGAAUUUUAUUUAACGAGUUGCUCGCAAUAUAAUACAUGGCUUCCGAUGCCAAUGUAGGAAAGAUUGUCUUCGUAAUUGCUGUGUCAGUAUUCCUGUAUUAUUUUUUCUGGGUAUCAAUUUUACCGUUCAUGCUAAUUGACGAGGGCAAUCUGAUACAUUCUUUUUUUCCACCGCUAAAGUACGCCUUUAUAUUGCCCGCUACGUUUGGAAUUGUUUUUCUAGGAGGCAUUGCCAUCUUUACGCUUUAUCACAUUUGGGAUUUCAUAACCGCCUGAUAAGCUAAUAAGCUAAAGCGAACAC